UACUGGAGAAUGUUUUCUUCUAAACUCAGAGGUGGUGUGGAAGAAACAUCUACAGCGGCCACGAACCGAGCCUGCUGUCUCCCCAUCUCCUUUCCGACAUUUACCGAACAUUUACCAUCUGAAGAGUUGGCUUGGUGCAUCAGAAACAAUCACAGACAGCUUGAGUUACUAAUUUGCGUCGAAAAGCGUGGGAAGAGAAUAUCGCUGCCAUCUUGGUGCGGAAGAGAGCGGUUAGCAUCCAGGCAGAGGGACGUUACUGGAACAAAAAACUAAUCUGAAUCCAACAUGGACCUCGAUCUCUUGUGUGCCAAGAAACACUGUGGACCAAAUAGAAGAGCUGCUCUGCAUGCUCUGAGAAGGAAGAGGUGGUAUGAGAAACAUCAGCGGUAUGUUGACCAUGCUGUUAAGGCCACAAGAUCUGCUUCCAAAAACAAGGAAAUGACUGAAGUGAGCAACAUGAUAAAGGGCAUCAAACUGGAAGAUGAUAUGACCGAGGCGUCAGGCAACCUCUACAAGUCUGCAAGCCAGGAGUUGGAGCAGGUCGAAUUUGUUGAGGAUGAGCUGCUGGCAGAGCUGGAGAGACUUAAAAAAGCUCUGGAUGAGAGCCUCUUGGAGGCCAGCAGAAAAGAGGAUAAAGUCCAUCCCUCUCCAGUGACGUCCUCGGCUUCACCGUCUCGUCCUGGUGCCAUGGAAGAAGAUGAGGUAGAAAACGAGGUUGAGGAUGGGGCUCAAGACGGGACUGAAGACGAGGACGAGGAUGAUGAUGAAGAGGACUUGGAGUAUCUUCGCCGUUGGGCCAGUGAAUCCUUGUAAUCUCAACAUCAGGCUCAACUGGCCGGCUGUUACAGAUAAGAGGAAAGCACAGGACAGAAUAAACAAACCUCUGUUCAUGCUGUU